UCAUUUCUAUUCUUCAUGACUUCAUACGUAUGGUACGAAAGUCUUCUCUUCCCACCAGCAGCGAACAAUCUAAUCGCACGCAACCCACAACAAGCUCGUCGUUACCAGGCAAACGACAUUCGCAAACCAAACAGAAAUCGUUCAAGAUGAUGGACGACAACGUCUACGCAACCAACCACAUGGACCACAUGGAUGACCACGAUCACGAUCACGACCCGGAAAUCGACGAAGAUCCACUGGCCGAUCCUCCAGAAGCCGAGCUGCACGAAGGGGGCCGCCGGAAUUCCUGGCGCUCUAGGAUCAGCGAGGUCCAAUUUCCCCUGGUCGUUGUCGCGGCGGCCUCCGUCGUCUUGCUGAUCGCCGUAUGGUCGUGGGAGCCCGAAUUAAUGGCCCAAGGGUAUGUCUUUUCCGUCCCCUCCCUUUCCCUGGCCAUUGCCCUGCUCAGUCUUUUGCUGACGGUCUACCGGGAGGACCUCUACGCCAUCUACGGCCAGCACCUGGCCCACGUUCUCUUCCUUUGGAAUUUCACCGGCGCCUGCUUCCUGACCUUCGUCUCGCCCUUCACGACCACCGGGAACGGAUACUUUGCGGCCUGGGGAUGCAUGGCGACCUCGGCCAUGGCCAUGGGUCUGACGGCGGACGCCGUCCGGAGCCGCAUCAAGGGCCUCGGAUCCCUAAUGGGACUCUGCGCGUCGGCGAUCAUUGUCUUGAUCGCCCUCUUCGACUUUCUGGGCACCGACGUUCCGGCCUACCUGAAGGGCGAGACCCUGUACGCGGUUGUCGUGUCGUGCUUCACCAUCAUCCUGUGCAUCGGCCUCAUGUACUUCCAGAAGCGCCACGAGGGCAGCCAGGCCGACUCAACGGAGGUCCUGGCAAGGUUCUUCUUUCUCUCCCUCUUUGCCCUCUUGUGGUUCGCCCUGGCCUUUCUGGUGACCUUCCGUGGGCCCUUUGUGACGACCGGAAACGGGUACUUUGCCAGCUGGUGCGGCGCCGUCUGCGCGUGCUCGGCCGCCUUUAACGCCAAGAAGGAGGCCGCGACCGCCCGAGCCCAGUUCUUGCACGCGUACGACGCAACGGGGCUAUCAGCGACCAUUACGUAACGACACCGCUAUCCCACCAUGCAACCCUGGAGGGCCCGCAAACGACCAGGAAACCCGAACACAAGCAUCCGAAGCGUAUCGCUUGUUUGGUCGGGAGGGAUGAAACAAAUACGAUGCGAGGGUGAUCGAUAUUCGGCGACUACUUGGACAGGCCCCCGGAAAAUCCAAAAAUAGUUCCGUUGCGGUUUGAUCCGAAUGUGGCCAAGACGUCGAGAUUGCUCUUCUAUUUAUACUUCUAACAUGUACAACCAAAUUUGAUAGUUUCUGUUCUUCCUUUGGUGCAUCAUGCAGUUGUCCGUUACUUGAUGAUGGCGUUCGUCUCAUUCUCACGAAAACCUGCACUGGCCUGCCACCCUAACGAGGCUGCGCACUGAUGACAUUGUCUAGUUGUAUGGAGCAAAAGAAAACUAAAAAAAGUGAAACGCGGUAGCCGUGCAAUUUUGGACUGAUCAUUCCCGGCGGCUGAUGGCUUGUCGCAUUCCAUCCGGUGCGCGCGUGCACCGUGCGAAAAGCCUCUCUCKGGGCAGCGAGCCUAUACCUUGUUUUGGAUGCGAACGCAAUGGCGGUUGGUUUCGUUUGGUCGUUCUUUCGUUUGUGCAGCAUUCCAAGAGUGAGAGCAGCAACUGAACACAUUCGCAUGGAUGUGAACUUCCGUAGUAAAAUAAAAUGCGAUAUUUGAAGAUUGCCUGUGAAAUGUUUAUCCAAUUCCCCCAGUAUAGUUUUAUAUUCAAUUAUGUUGUUAGUUAAUAGUAACGUGUUUUUUUAGGGCUCCCUUGCCCUGGAUGUGCAAGGACAAAACCAAGCCAACAACACCGAGCACCAAAACAAACAAAAAUCCCGUUUCCAUCGAUCGUCGACCCCGGCCGCGCAAUCCCGCAAAGGAUUCCGCUUCUCAAAAAGCGUAGCGUGUAACAAAGCAGAAUGAGAGUUGAAGCGAAAACGAUGACGGCGAAUAUCAAAGGUGGGGAUUGUCUUUGUUGCACUGGUUUGGUUCGGAUCUGUCUUGCGUUUUUAUAUUUUGGUUUGGUUUGGUUCGGUUUGAGUGUUGGUUCCGCGUUUCGGUGCUGUGCUGUGUUUAUGAAACGGUACUUGGCAAUGUUUGGCGACCGUUCGUCGUUUCUGUACUUAGAUAGUGGUGAUGCGCUGCACAAAGAGCAUACGCUUGUGGAUGUCACAAUCGUUUCUUUAUUGGUUUUGUUUUUUUCUCCCUUCCGUUCCAUCGAACGACAUGCUACACCACCGCCGCCAACACUCCUGUCCAUAAG